AUGUCUGCACUGAAGCACGAAGGCUGUGCUCCUUCCAACGACCCUACUAUGAGAGAGCCGGAAUUCAACGGAAACCGUUACGCGAUGGAGUUUUUCAUUCAGGAUAAUUGCCUUGCCGUGUACUGGUCUCUGCGCGCCUACAACCCCAUGCCCCUGCAGCUAAAGCGCCCGAUGGCUCGAACGAUCUCGAACAACGCGGAGGUCGUGAAGAACGGCCGCUAUGCUGACGCCAUGCUUCGCGAGCCAUCUGGCUGA